UCCCUCACUGGGUGUAUCCAGUGAGGGAUAAAAUUAGGCCAGUCCUGCCUUAUACUGCUGACAGAGCUGGGGAGGCCAAAAAAAGCCUGGCAGAGCCAAGCCAGCAGUGGAGGACUGAAGGAAGCGAGGGGAGAUCGCCGCCGAAAUGGCCUCCAAACUCAUGGAUCUGGUGUACUGGAGGAACAUGAGGUGGACCGGUGUGGUUUUCACGGGGCUGGUGAUGGGCCUGGCCAGCCUCUUCCAGCUGAGUGCCAUCACCGUGCUUUCUCAUGUCUGCUUGGGCAUCAUGUGCAUCACUGCUUCUCUUCGUCUCUACUACAAACUGCUGGAAGUUCUGCGCUGGAACCCUGGAGUCCACCCCUUCCAGUCGUAUUUGGACUAUGACAGCUCGCUGACGGAUAAGGAGACGGUGAUGCUGGUCGAAGAGGUGGUGCUGCUGAUUGCGUUUGCUGUCACAGAGAUCAAACGACUUCUCUUCAUCGAGAACAUGAUCGACUCUGUUAAGUUUGUGCUGCUACUCUAUCUGCUGACAUAUGUGGGCGUUGCCACCAAUGGGCUGACUCUGAUCAUCGCUGCUGUAAUUGCAGUUUUCUCUCUUCCUUUGUUAUACAAAAAACAACAGGUCCGGAUAAGGAAGGUGGCCAGAGCACUGAGAGCAUUUAUGAAGAAAAUCAGAAAUCUGUUUGACGGCCUGUACCAGAUGGUGAGACCUUCCUCUGCCCUGGCCUCCAAACCGGUGCCUUCAGCUCCUCCAGCGCUAAAACAGAAGUCCAAGUCGAAGUAACCUCUGGUUGCUCACUAAAGGAAUUUGGGAUUCAGAAAAUGUUGGAAGGGUUCAUCGUGUGUGGGGCCGCCGGUGGGGCAGCUCAUUUCCAUCUCUCCACCGUGAUUGUUUAUGGGAGGAAGAUUUAAUUGAUGCCGACAGCAGAAACAAAGCUGCCAUUCACACAGAGAAAAAGAGGGGCUGAGGAUGAGGAGGGAAAUGUUAUUUACUGAGAUGCUCUCUGUGGGCAACUCUAAUGUCCACAUGAAUGAGAACAUGCACUUUUCCACACAUCCUUAUCUUUUUAUUCGGGUGUAUUUUUUACAUAAACGCCAUUUUCAUACAAACAGUUCUUGAAACAACACAUCUAAUUCUUUGUUUACAUCCUUCAAUGCUUGCCAAGUAGAAUAAAAAAAAAA